AUGUCCUCCAGCUCGACCGGACAACAGCUCUUGAUCAACGUUUUUCAGUGUAUGAUGAAUAAUUUCCCCCCAAGUCCACGUUAUUACCGAGUGGGCUGGAUAUCGGCAGUUCAAACAGAGUAUGUCAUAGCCUGUGAACUACUAGACGAAGAAUUCGAAGAACGUCAACUUGACCUCCGACAUGACAAUAACCUCUACACUUUUGGCCGGAUAGGUCAGCAUAAUGUGGUCCUGGCAUGCCUCCCUAAGGGUAAAUAUGGGAUCUCUUCAGCCACUAUGGUUGCUAGAGAUAUGUGUCGUAGCUUCUCUUUGUGCUUUUUGCUGAUGGUGGGGAUUGGGGGUGGAGCACCGACAAAACACAACGAUGUCCGACUAGGAGACAUAGUAGUCAGUUGCCCAGUCGCCCAGUCAAGCGGAGUUAUCCACUACGAUUCCGGCGCUGCGAUUCAGGACAAGGAAUUCAAGAGGACUGGCACUCUCAAUGCGCCACCGACUUCACUUUUAAAUGCAGUACAGUAUCUCUGUUCCGUUCAUGAGAGACGAGGACACAAAAUCACGGAAUGCAUCACCAAAGCGAUCACCAAGAAUCCUAGGCUUAAGCAAAAAUAUGAACGACCACUUUCGGGCACGGACAUAUUGUACUCCUCCACUUUUCUGCACCCUGAUGGAGACCAGCCUUGUGCAGGUCUCUGUGACAGUGUUGCAGCGAAUCAGGUGCUUAGAACUCAGCGAGACUCACCAGAAAGUGAGCCAGUUGUUCAUUAUGGACUUAUUGCUUCAGCCGAUAAACUGAUGAAAGAUGCGCCCUUGCGCGACAAAUUAGCGAAGACCGAAAGAGUGCUAUGCUUUGAGAUGGAGGGUGCCGGACUCAUGGACGCCUUCCCAUGUCUGGUAAUUCGAGGGAUUUGUGACUAUUCUGAUACCCAUAAAAACGAUAUCUGGCAGGGCUAUGCUGCGGCCGCGGCCGCGGCAUAUGCGCGAGAGCUUCUGAACGUUAUCCCAAGCUCACAAGUUCAACCUACACCGCAAACUGCAGACAAUGACACCAUACUUGGGAUUCAUAAUGUGCUCAAGCCCCUUAUUUCUGAAAUGACAAUGUAA